ACAGCUCCUGUCUCUAGAAAUCAGUGAGUCUGGGCUACUUGGAGCAAACAUGGCAGGGGAUAUUGUAGUAGGGAUGCUCUAUAACUUACUGCUGCCGCUUAUUCUACUAACAGCUAUAGCCUUUCGCUACAAUGGUCUCUCUGUGGUGUAUCUUCUCUUUUUGCUGUCUUUACCAUUGCUGCCCAGCCCUACACUGACCACCAUGAAGGGAAAUACAGGCAGGCUUCUCCUAAUUGUUUGUUCCACAAGUGUAAUGUUUUUGGCCCUACAGUGUGGACUACAGAUCACAUACGCAUAUGUCCCUAAAGAGAGUAAUGGACCCUGGGAAAACAUCUUCUAUCAUCUUGGUAUUGUGAGAUUUAGUGAUGUUGACACUUGGAACAUACUGCGUCUCUUGAUGCCGGAUUUUGGCUUGUUCCUGUCGACCUUCUUUAUCUGGCGUUUGUGUAACAAGCUACUGCGACCACCACCUAUUAAUGACCAUGAGCCCAGCAUUCAGCUCUCUGACACUGAGGAUGAUGAAGCCUCUGACCCAGAGUAUGAGGAGGAGAGUGACAGGUCAUGUUCAGACAGUUCUGAAGAGAGCAAAUCAGCCCCAGUGACUCCCCCUCAAUUUGUGCAGAAGCUUAUUGUCUUUGCAGCUGGUCUAAGACUGCUCCUCUCUACUGUCACAAAUACUGCUGGAAAAGUAGUGGUGACCGUACUGCUGGGGAUAGCAGGUAUAGCUCUACCUUCGCUCACAUCAGCCUUGUAUUUUGGGGCAUUCCUGAGUCUUGUGUGGUGUUGGGUGUUGGGUUAUUCUAUUGAUCUGCUGCUUUUUAGCGCAUUGUGUUUAAUGAUGACUAUAUUUAGUGGCGGACACAUCCUGAUCCUUUACCUCUAUCAGCUGCCUCUGUUCCAGCAGCUGGUACCUCCUCAGGACCUUUAUGCCAGGCUAUUUGGAAUGACUGCAUUCAUCCACACAAAUGCAUCAGAACCAUACCGUCUUGGCCUGCAGGCAGAUGUGAGUUGGCCUAUGAUAAUAAACCCACUGGUAUUAUUGGUGCUGUACUACACAAUGGUGGCUCUUCUCCAAAAAUGGACUUCCACAACUCAAGAGGAUGACCGAGGAGAGAUUAUGAGUCCUGCAACAGGAUUACACAUUCCACCCAGUUUCUCAAAGAUAGUGGAUGGCAAUGACUUCUUGCCUGAAAGGACAGAGCCAGUCCUCAUGAUGUUAAACAGCUCUUGGCAGGACCACAAUUCUUCCAGGCUGAACUCGCUGCCCUCAGACAAUGGCUAUCCACGCUGCUCUUCCCUUCUGCCAUACACCCAAGAUGACUGCUCUUAUGGUUCAUACUCAGGUGUUCACACACGUACUCUUGUUGAUGAAGAAGAAGCGAGCUGUGAGAGAGAUGACGAUACACUGGAUGACGCAGAACCCUUGUCAUCUUCUGAACCCAGUGCCCUCACUCUGCUGGGUCAGGCCAUAAUGAGACAGAGCUACAUUAGCGCUCUCAUCAUAAUGAUGAUAUGGAGCAUCACUUACAAUUCAUGGUUCACAUUUGCUAUGUUGGUGUGGUCUUGUGUGAUUUGGAUGUCAAAGCGUCGACGGCAGUACACCAUGCUCAGUGCUCCAUUCCUUGCUGCCUAUUGUACCCUGCUGCUGGUGGCUGGGUUUAUUAGCUCUCUCUGUUUACAUCAUGACGAGCUUUUCCCGACUCUCCCGGAGAGAGUUUUAGUUGACUUUGAUCUUUAUGGCUAUAAGACACCCUGUCUGCAUCUUGGAGCAAAGACAAUUUACGCAUUUAAUUUCUGGAUGUUGCUGCGACAACAAUUGAUUGAAAGACAACAAGAACAGCUGCAGAAAGAGGAGAAUCUUCAGGAGGUCAAAAUUAAAACUGAUGAGGGUGAGCCAUCUAGGAUGGUGACUAUAUUAGGAGCAUUUAUUAAAGGCACUUUAGUAAAGUACUGGAUCCUCUGCUGCUGCUCCAUAUUCUUCAUCAUCAGCUUCUCUGGGAAAGUAGUCAUCUACAAAAUCCUCUACAUCUGCCUUUUUCUUUUCUGCGUUGUUCUCUACCAGGUGCAUUAUGAAGUAUGGCGCCGUAUUCUGAAGUACUUCUGGGCCAUAGUAGUUGGAUAUUCAAUGCUGGUGUUGAUCCUGAUUUAUAUGUACCAGUUUAAGACUGUUUCAAGCCUGUUUCGUCAGAUCAUAGGUAUAUCGGAAGAGGGGCUGCGGGACCUGGGCCUAGAGCAGUUUGACAUGGUGGAGUUGUUUGCACAGAUCUUGCUUCCUGCUGCCUUUCUACUGGCCUGCAUCCUACAGCUGCACUACUUCAAUAGUGACUUCCUCUCUCUCACCGACCUACAGAAUGUACCUGUGCGUAAUGGUGCAACCAGAGAAGAAGAACUGAGAGAGACACUGACCUUGAUAUCAGAUACGGUGAAAGAAAACAUUGAAAAAUUCCAGAAAAGGUUGGUCAAGGAGCAGCUAAGUGGAGAGGGAGAUGAUUUAUUGGACUCAUUAGUCAGUGAACAGAGUGAGGAUACAGAAAGAGAAGAACCAGUGGGAAACAAGUGGCUGUUAGUGGUGGACCGGAUAAGUGAGUUGAUGCUACAAAUUCUGCUGUGGUUGAAUAGAGGUCAGGAGUUUUGCUGGAGGUUGCUAGAGCUCCACAGCCUCAAACUUGUUGCUACAGGCAUCAUCUGGGUCAGCCUGAAAGAGGUUUCUUUGAUGAACUAUCUGUUUCUGGUGUUGUGGACAUUUGCUGUGCCAUAUUCAAGACUGCGACCGGUGGCCUCCGCCAUGUCCUCUGUGUGGGCCUGUGUGAUGGUUGUGUGCAAAAUGAUGUAUCAGCUCAAAUUCAUCAAACCAUCUGAGUAUUCGCUCAACUGCACUACUGACUUACAGGUCUCCAAUGGGAGCUGGUACAGUGGGAAUGUGGCUCACCUUUUACAGAAAUCAGUUUUAUAUGUGGAACCAGUGGACCCAGCUUUGUGGAUAGGGGGUCUAAGAAAAUGUGAGAAUUCCAUCCUGCCCUGCCUGUGGAAUCAUCUGUUAAUACUGGGCCUCCUCGUGUUUGAUGUGACUAUCCAUCGGCACCAGCUUUACCACCGUCUCCACAAUGACUUAAAGACCCCUUCAAAAGGUGCAAUUUUCCAAAAUGUGACUUGGCAACACCUGGACCAUGGUGUCCUGCCCUGCCUCAAGUACUUCUGCAAUUAUUUCUUCUACAAGUUUGGCCUUGAGAUGUCCUUUGUGGUGGCAGUGAACGUUAUAGGUCAGAGGAUGGACUUCUACGCUAUUCUGCACUCAUUCGCUCUGAUCGUAGUUUUGGGACGUCGCCGCAGGAAGGCCAUUGGGGAGAUGUGGCCUAAAUAUUGCUGUUUUACCGCCAGCCUUAUGGUGUUCCAGUACCUGCUCUGUAUUGGCUUGCCUCCUGCUCUCUGUACUGAUUAUCCCUGGAGGAAAUCUACACCGGCUUUCACCUCUAAUCUGAUAAAGUGGCUGUAUCUGCCAGACUUUGCCAUGCAGCCUAACCCCACUUUCCUCCUUUAUGACUUCUUGCUGCUGAUGGCAGCCUCUCUGCAGUGGCAGGUGUUUGAAGAUGAGAAUAAAGCCUCUGUGAGACUCUUGGCAGGGGAAAAUGUGGAGAUCAGCAGAAGCCUAAAUCCUCGGUCGCUUAAUCAAUACACUUCAGUUGGUAACUUCCUGCACUGCAGGUCAUAUCUUGACAUGGCGAAGGUUUUUGUUUUCAGUUACUUCUUCUGGUUGGUGUUGUGCCUUGUUUUUAUCACUGGCACCACUCGUAUUAACAUCUUCUGUCUGGGCUAUUUGGUGGCGUGCUUCUACUUCAUGCUGUUUGGAGACACUGUGUUGUUGCAGCCUGUAAGAUAUAUACUCAAACUAUGGGACUGCCUUAUCGCCUAUACCUCUGUGGUCAUUUGCCUGAAAAACUUGAUCUCACUGGGAUCCUGUGCUUAUCUGGACAGUUUACUGAAGAAUGGCUGUUGGCUUAUUCAAGCUUUCAGCAUGUUCUGCACUAUUAAAGGCUACGAUGUGCCUGAACCUGAUGAUGAGUGUGAGUUGCCAGCAGGAGAGGCUGGUAUUGUGUGGGAUGCGAUUUGUUUUGCUGCUCUGUUGGCUCAAAGGAGAAUAUUCCUCAGCUACUACUUUCUGUAUGUUGUAUCUGACCUUAGAAACUCAAAGAUCCUUGCUUCCAGGGGUGCAGAGCUGUUUGAAGCCAAGGUGAAGAAACGUGUGGCAGCUAGACUGGAGUUGGAGAAGAAAUCUGUGAAACUGCUGAAGAAACAGAUGGAGAAAAUCAAGUCAAAACAAAAGAGUCAACCAGCAAACGACCCUAAACCAAAAAGUGACACAGAGCCAAAAGGGGAGGGUGAAGAGGAGAAAUGGUGGAAGCCAUGGGUCUCUCGCCCUUCAGUCUGGGAUUCCUGUGGGUAUCGCCUCUUCGAAAGUGAUAGUGAGGAAGAGGAGUGUGGAGUGGAGGAGAAAAAAGAGGAAGAGUCUGUUCCAAAGAAGAAAUCUGCCCUUCAGUUGGCCUAUAAGGCUUGGGUAGCAGGAUCUAAGGCUGCACUCAGAGGUCAUGAGAGGGAGGAAGCUCGUCUUAGGAGAGUCGAGAGGAGGAGAGCCGAAAGAGAACUGCAAAGAGAGCAGGGCACAGAAAGAGCUGAGUCCAGUGAGGAUGAGUUGGAUGAGCCCAGCCCUGAACCAGAGGAAGAAGAGAAAGAACACAUUUACCAGCGGAUCUUUGACUUUCUGAGGUUUAGCUGGAUCUUCCUUCUGUCCCUCAUCGAUGACUUGACAGCAGGCUUGAACUUGUUCUGUAAGGACAACCUGGACAUUUCUAAGGUGCUGCACCUGGAGAGAGCACUGCUGAGCCAGCAGCAGAACAAGGGCAGGGAGGUCACCCAUGACAGUAUCCUUCAGUUCUACCAGACCUGUCUGUCCAGACAGAGCACACAGAUCUUGCUGGAUAAGGAGCUAGCUGUACCUUCCGCUUCACCACCACCAUUGCCUGCCACGCCUUGUGGCUAUGCAAAACUAAAAACUGUUAACUCUAAGCUGUCCUGGAGUAGCAGCAUUUCCAGCUGCCUGACUGAAGAGACCAUGUUGAUGUCACGUCAGCCUACUCAAGAUGACAUUGAUGAACCCUGUUCAGCUUCACUCAAAAUAGAUCAACACAUAUUUCAACCCACAGCUCAACAGCCAUGCCGGAAACUCCUGAAAUGUGCUAAUGUAGAUAUGACAUCAUUUGACCAAGAGAGUCAUCUGCCAGAUCAUGAAGAACCGUCUGCUGUAAGUAAAGAGGAUGAAGAGGCAGAAGAUGAAAUGGAUAGGGAAUGGGAAAACAAGGAAGAAGAAGAAAAUGAGGCAGAGGCGCAAGAAGACGAUCACUUGGAAAAGAAACAUGUCUUACUUAAGUCAUUGUCGUUGGACUCUUUGACCGCAGAGCCAAACAGGGAGAACAUUCCAGAACCUCAGGCACUUAGUCAGGAGACCAGGGCCCUCACUGCCAGCGAACUGCUGCUUAACAAUAUGUUUCAGAUCCCAGAAAUUGACGAGUCUGAUAAGUUCUACCAUUCCUUACCACGUCACCUGCAACUCAUCUUCGCCCUCUAUAACACCAUGGUCUCCAAGUCAGAGAUGCUCUGUUACUUCGUCAUCAUCCUUAACCAUAUGGUGUCUGCCUCUCUGCUCACACUCUUUCUUCCCAUCCUCAUCUUCCUAUGGGCAAUGUUGUCUGUGCCACGGCCAACCAAGCGAUUCUGGAUGACUGCUAUCAUCUACACUGAGCUUACUGUUGUAGUGAAGUACUUCUUCCAGUUUGGUUUCUUCCCAUGGACUACCUCUACAUAUCGUGGGAUUAAUGCAGAGCGUCCGUUCGCCCUACCCAACAUUGUGGGAGUGGAAAAGAAAGAUGGCUACGUUCUGUUUGACCUCAUCCAGCUGCUCGCUCUUUUCUUCCAUCGCUCCAUCCUCAAGUGUCAUGGACUCUGGGACAACAAAGAGGUGGAGAUGCCUGAUUUCUUUAAGAAGCUAAAGAAGAAAACAGAGAAGAAGAGGCAGAGCGGAGUGACAAGAAGAGAGCAUGGAGUGACAAGAAGACGAUUCCUCUUCCUUUCGCUCCAGACCUCCACUGCUUCUCUCUUUUGCAAGCAGAGGGGUGGCAAGAGUUCAGAUAGCCAUGAUAUUGAGCAGGUGAAGAAGAAUCACUCAAAGAAGAAGAAACAGCAACACAAAGUGCCUUUAUCCAGGAAAGAGCAGAUCAGACAGAGCAUCAGAGAGAGGCUACUGGAAGCUAAGGCUGCCAUUAUAGAAGUUGCUCUACACAUAUACUUACCCAUCAGGCAGUUCUUCUACGACAUCAUCCACCCUGAGUACAGCCCUGUGUGCGAUGUGUAUGCUCUGAUGUUCUUGAUAGAUGUUGUAAACUUCAUUAUCAUUAUCUUCGGAUACUGGGCUUUUGGGAAGCACAGUGCUGCAGCUGACAUCACUGAAUCCUUAUCAGAGGACCAAGUUCCUGAGGCCUUUCUGGUCAUGCUCCUCAUCCAGUUUGGCACCAUGGUUGUGGACCGUGCACUCUAUCUACGCAAAACCCUGCUGGGGAAGUGUGUGUUCCAGGUGGUUCUGGUGUUUGGCAUACACUUCUGGAUGUUCUUCAUUCUACCUGGAGUCACGGAAAGGAGGUUCAACAGAAACCAAGUUGCACAGAUAUGGUACUUCGUGAAGUGCAUCUAUUUUGGUCUGUCGGCUUACCAAAUCAAAUGUGGCUACCCCAACCGAGUCCUUGGCAACUUUCUUACAAAGAACUACAACUACCUCAACCUCUUUCUCUUCCAGGGGUUUCGGUUAGUCCCGUUUCUGACCGAGCUGCGGGCGGUGAUGGACUGGGUGUGGACAGAUACUACCCUCAGUCUGUCUAGCUGGAUCUGUGUGGAGGACAUCUAUGCCAACAUCUUCAUUCUCAAGUGUUGGAGAGAGUCUGAAAAGAAAUAUCCUCAUACUCCAGGACAGAAAAAGAAGAAGGUGGUGAAGUAUGGCAUGGGUGGUUUUAUCAUUUUUGCCCUCAUCUGCAUUGUGUGGUUUCCGCUGCUCUUCAUGUCAUUGGUCAAGUCAGUUGCUGGAGUAACCAACCAGCCAUUAGAUGUUUCCAUCCAGCUUAGCAUAGCAGGAUACGAGCCUUUGUUCACCAUGAGUGCCCAAGAACAAAAUCUGGUCCCUUAUUCCCAAUCUGCAUACCAUAAAUUGACUAACGUUUAUGCCACCCACCCGUCUGCAAUGCAAUUCAUAGUAAACUACAUGGCAGAGGACAUAGUGAUAGCGAAGGUUAAAAGUGAUGCUAGUUUGCUGUGGAGCAUUAGCCCUGCCAGCCGAGAAGCCAUGAUUCAGGAACUCAGCAAUUCCUCACAUAUUUAUGUCACACUACGCUGGACCUUACUGAGAAAUACAUCCCUGGUGAUGAAUCCAGAGACAGCUGGUGAACGCACAGUAAAGUAUGAGGACAAAGAGCUGAAAGACAGUCUGGUACGGAUGCUCCAAGGAACACGUAGCGAGUCAGUGAUCAUUGACAAACUGCUGCCUAAAUAUAUCAGAGGACCUUCUGGGCCAGAGGCUAAAAUGGCACAUCGACUUAUUAUUGAACAUUUCAGUCGACCAGAGGAUCUUCAUUUAGCUUUCUUCCGUCCACUGUCCAUCAAACUGCAACAAGCCAGUGGGAGUGUAGUGGGCAGAGGGCCUCAGUGGUGGGUGGUGGAGGAGUGCACUCCAGGACCUCCACCAGUGAGGUGCCAGAACAUUGAGAUUGUCGUCUUUAAUGACAAAGUCAGUCCAUCCAGCCUGGGCUUCUUAGCUGGAUAUGGUAUCAUGGGGCUGUACAUGUCAGUGGUGCUGGUGAUUGGUAAGUUUGUGCGAGAAUUCUUUAAUGGAAUAUCCCGCUCCAUCAUGUUUGAGGAGCUGCCGAAUGUGGACCGGGUGCUGAAACUGUGCACUGACAUCUUUGUCGUCCGGGAAGCUGGUGAGAUGGAGUUGGAGGAACAGCUGUUUGAGAAACUCAUCUUCUUAUACCGCUCGCCUGAAACUAUGAUCAAAAUGACACGGGAGAAGAAAAAUGACUGAACACUUUACCACAAUUUUUCUAAUUUACAGCCUUCCCAUCUGAAACAUCUCAGCAAUUGACUGUCCCUUCUCAGAGCUUAUCUGACCAUUUCUUGACAAGUAAUUGGUGAAGCUGAUUAUAGA